AUGGGCAAUUACGGGCGAUUACGGGUCCAGGCUUUGCCUAACCUCAAAUUUUUAGGUAAAACUAACACAAAAUUGUUCAUUUCUCAUUGUGACCUAAACAGCUUGAAUGAGGCAAUGUAUGCAGGGGUUCCUUUAAUUUGUAUUCCUUAUGCAGCUGAUGAAUUCUAUAAUGCAUCCCUUGUUGAGCACUUGGGAAUUGGAAUUUAUGUUCAUUUGGGUGAAGGUUUUGCAGAAGCAUUGAGAGGUGCUCUCAAAAGUAUUUUGGUUGAUAAUUUUCGGUAA